CUCUCUCCGCUCUAACUUUCCCGAGCCCCGACCGGCGGCGCAGAGCUCCCCGGCAGCUUCGGGGCCGACUGCCGACUGCGGGCGGAGAGCGCGGCUGUGCCCAGUGUCCCAUCCCCGCGCCCCCGGUGCGCUGCGGAGAGAACGGGACGAUGCCCGGGGCUCGGGACCGAGGCAAAGCCCUGGCGAGAUGGCUGGGCACGGGCCUCUUGGGUCUUUUCCUGCUGCCCUUGUCCCUGUCCCUGGAGGUGUCUGUGGGAAAAGCCACCACCAUCUAUGCUGUCAACGGCACGGAGAUUCUGCUGCCCUGCACCUUCUCCAGCUGCAUUGGCUUCCAUGACCUCAGCUUCUGGUGGACCUAUAACAGCACUGACACAUUCAAGAUGCUCUUAAACGGGACUGUGAAGAAUGAGAAGUCUGACCCCAAGGUAAAGUUGAAAAACGAUGACCGCAUCACUCUGGUGGGCUCCAUUAAGGAGAAGAUGAACAACAUUUCCAUUGUGCUGAAGUACCUGGAGUUCAGCGACACAGGCAAAUACACCUGUCAUGUGAAGAACCCCAGGGAAAACGGUCUUCAACAGAACGCCACCGUCUUCCUCCAAGUCGUCGAUAAACUGGAGGAAGUGGACAACACGGUGACACUCAUCAUCCUGGCCGUCGUGGGCGGAGUCAUCGGGCUCCUCAUCCUCAUCCUGCUGAUUAAGAAGCUUGUCACCUUCAUCCUCAAGAAGACUCAGGAGAAAAAGUGAGUUGACCUCCACAG